GUUCGAGACGAUCUUUUCUUUGCCGCAUGGCGUAGCUGAAGAAUUUAUACGAGGCAUUGAAAUAAAAUAAACUUCCAAAAUGCCUCAGAACGAGUACGUAGAGCGUCAUCAGAAGUUAUAUGGGCGAAGGUUAGAUUAUGAAGAACGAAAACGUAAACGAGAGGCGCGUGAACCACAUAAACGUGCUGAAAGAGCGCGUAGCCUACGUGGUAUCAAAGCCAAAAUCUUCAAUAAAGAAAGAAGAAAUGAGAAGAUUCAGAUGAAAAAGAAAAUUAAAGCUCAUGAAGAAAAGAAAGUCAAGCAGAAAUCUGACAAUGUACCCGAAGGAGCAUUGCCUGUUUACUUGUUGGAUCGAGAUGUUUCGCAACGUUCAAAAGUUCUUUCAAAUAUGAUAAAACAAAAACGAAAAGAAAAAGCAGGAAAAUGGGAUGUUCCUAUUCCAAAAGUAAAAGUACAAUCAGAAUCAGAAGUUUUCAAAGUUCUCAGGAGUGGUAAAACUAAGAGAAAGUCAUGGAAAAGAAUGGUGACAAAAGUCACUUAUGUUGGGGAAAACUUUACAAGAAAACCACCAAAGUUUGAACGAUUCAUCAGGCCAAUGGCAUUGAGAUUUAAGAAAGCACAUGUAACUCAUCCUGAACUUAAAGCUACAUUUUACUUGCCUAUCAUUGGCGUCAAGAAAAAUCCCAGUUCAACUAUGUACACUUCAUUAGGAGUAAUCACAAAAGGAACGAUUAUAGAAGUUAAUAUUUCAGAGCUUGGUUUAGUAACACAAUCAGGAAAAGUUGUUUGGGGAAAAUAUGCCCAAGUAACAAAUAAUCCUGAAAAUGAUGGAUGCAUCAAUGCAGUUUUAUUAGUCUAAGAAAAUUAAUUGUAAUUAUAAUUGUACCUUUUGAUUAAUUCAAUAAAUUGUCUCCACUCAAAACCUUA